UAUAACUCGGUAUAAAGGUUCCAGCUUGACUCCCCGGCGCAUUACCAAGCUCGAAGCACCUCCAUCCACACUCCUAGACUCGCCGUCGACAUCUCCCCGAUCGACCCACACAAACACACGCACCCACUCCCCGAGUCGAAUCGCCAUGAAGCUCGCCACGCCAGAACAGAUCGCCGGCCACGACGCUGCCUCGCGCCGCGGUGCGAUUGAAGGUACACUGACCGGCCUCGCCAUCGCGGGUGCCGGCUCCUACUGGGCCCAGCGCCGAUUCGCGUACUACCGCACUCUCCCUCCAUCCCUCAAACUCCUCGGCGGCCUCAUCGUCAUCGCACCCGCUCUUUCCAUCCAAGCGGAACGAAGGGGCCUGGAGUACGAGAAGUCGCAAUGGGAAGGUGACGGCGCGAGACUCAUCGAGCGACACGAAGAGCAGCAGCUCACCUCGUGGGAACGCAUGUCUACCAAAGAAAAACUCGGCGAUUGGGCUAGCCGACACGAAUACUCUAUCAUCGUCGGCAGCUGGGCGUUGUCGCUCGCACUGGCCGGCGGUAUCAUCUCCCGCGACAAAUACCAAACGACCGCACAAAAGAUCGUGCAGGCCCGUAUGUGGGCCCAGGGCCUCACGAUCGGCAUCAUCCUCACUGCGGCUGCACUGAAGACCAACAUGAACAAAGGCGAGGAGCCCAACAUCCCGACGUCGGACCACUCGUGGAUGGAUGUGGUUCAGCAGCACGAGAGAGAUCGGGCGGAGGAGGAUGCGCGAUUAAAAGUCCGGCUGGAGGCGGCCAAGGCACGAGGUGCACCAGACGUUCCCUCAUAGUCUCCCUAUUCUAUCUUCCACCCAUAUCUACUCCACCAACGUUCAUAUUGUAUCAUAAAGCUCUGUCUAGAGUACGUACGAAGAUCGCCUUGACCCCGCACAA